AUGACUUUGUUCAGGUCCUCAUUUUUCACUCUAAAUUUCUUCGUCCUUCUUGAUCAUGUCCAGGCGGCAACGGAUUUUCCAGUCUCUCUGAGCGAAGCUCAUCCAGAGCUGAAGAAGGACUAUGGCGUCACUUUCGACCCGCUGGGUGUAGCAGCGAUUCUUUACAAUCAGCGUGCCGACAGAAGUGCGGCAAGACUUUACACCCAGUAUGAUAGAAACCUCUUUAUAUGGCCACAUAUGACCAUGAUUGGGGGCACUCUGCCUCCAAUGCAGAUGCUUGUCGAGCGGUUGACAGCGCCUUUCAAGUGGAUCCACCCCGCCAUCAAAAUGUGUGCUAAGGACACAACCAUGCUCCCGAUUCGGUCGGAUAUCUCUGGCAACGUGUUCCGACAGCUACCAUACAACCUCAGCAAUACUUGGCUCAGUGAUAUUAUCUCAUUUGAGCCUUCGGAACAUCCGGGAAACGACUUUGCAAUUGCAUAUGUGGACAGAGUUCAUCAAAAGCCGAAGAAACCCAAGAAAACCGACAAAGACGCGAACCCUGCAGGCGAAGACCACGAAGAGGAAAUUCUCAUCCGCUCAGAGAUCGGAAACGUCCGAUGGCAGGCUGGAAGGUGGACACUGAACUUACUCGGCAUUAUAAAUGGGGCAAUGGUCUUGACCGGGAUGGUCUUUGGCAUCCUGCUGGCAGAUAUAUGGGCAUUCACGCUCUUUCUCCUCUACAGUCUCCACUGGGGCGCGUCCGUAGCUAUAUCAAUCGACUCUAUGGUUACUGUUCACACACCUCCACGAAUUGUUCCCGAGUCCAGCGAUCGGUUUGCAGUCUAUGAGCGUGAAGAAGGCGGAACCGUUAUUUUCAAAGGUCCACAGAGGACGCUGGAGACUUGGGCACGAUCAACUUGGGAGUACGAUCCUUCGUGGGAUAAAGAUUUCCGGCACUGGCUGUGGAUUAUUACCGGGUCACUUUCUGGUAUCGCGUCCGUUGCAUGUAUGGUCAACAUGCAAGGCCGCAUGCAGCUCGUCUUUCUGGGCGUGUUGGUCUACGCUUCAGUGGCCGAGAUCGGAGCGACAAGAAUUGCACGAAUCCUCCAAACCAAAGCUCACGGUCCGAUUGCUCAAGAUUUUGUUCGAAAAAACGCAACCCGCUCACUGUCCAUUAUUCAGGCCACACUUACGGUUCUUCCUCGCUGUCGAUUAACGGGCCUCGAUUGGAUUAAAAUGGGCUUACUUCCGGAUAUGCUGGUUUUUCGGGAAAUGCAAGCGCUUUUACGAGACAUCAGCCAAAUACUGGGGCAUGACAAGGAGGAUUCCGAUCCAUUAGCAGUGACCGUCCGGGCAUUGGAUAUUAAAGACAGGUGCUUGAGGUUUGUUGACAAAGUCAAAACCGAGGACUCAGCGCGAGGACCGUUGGCCAUGAGAAUCUAUGACGAGAUUUACAACCAGACCUUGAACUUAGGUGAAGUCCUGCCGCCUAAGGAAGGAAAUUCUUGA